GGUUAGAAUUCAUAGUUUCUUGGAGAAAACUAAGAUGUACCAGAGAAAGAAGAUUGUAGCUCCAACUGAAGAAAGCUUUCGUAAGGAUGUUGAGAUACGAAGGAAACGUGUAAAAAGUUUGAUCAGAAGAAGAAAGAUACUUGAGGUGCAAAAGCUGGUGAAAGAUGAAGAAAUUAAGCCUUGGGGUCGUGACACACAGGCUAAGCUAGGAUGUCGUCUGAUAGAAUUAUUAACUGAAACAACUUAUGUACAGCCUCCAGUCAACCGGUUAGCAGAUAGUCCACCUGAUAUUCGACCUGCAUUUAGGCACUUAUUCAGAAUUUCAAACGAUCCUGGGCAGAAAGUUGUUAAGAGGUAUGGAGUUAUAGAAUGUGAUCCCCUAGUCCUUGCAGGCCUUGAUAGAACUGUUAAGCAUAUGAUCAUUCCUUAUGUGCCAAUGUUGGUGCCUCCAAAAAAAUGGAAAGGGUAUGACAAAGGCGGGUACUUUUUCUUACCUUCUUAUCUCAUGUGAACUCAUGGAUCGAGGCAGCAACAAGAUGCUGUUAAGAAAGUUGCUGUGAAACAAAUGCAGAAAGUAUAUGAGGUAAAAGCUAUAGGUCUG